AUGUCUGGAUACUAAAGAACUUAUUAAAGUUCGUAUACGUCUUAAAGAUUUGCGUCAGAUUCAAUCUAAAAGGAAUUGAAUGUUCCAGGAUAUGAAACAAGAGUGAGAUAUAAGUAUUAAAGUGUAUUACAUAAGAAAUGAUUUGGGAAAACGAUAGAAUCAGGAAUUAGAUAUUGCAUGCUUUUUAAUGGCAGUCGAGGUAGAAAGACUUGUUCGAGAAAAUACAUAGUUGAAAUAGGAGAUCCAAAAUUUUAUAGACUCAGGAUUAGAUAGAGUUAAUUAUGAGAUGUAAAUUAGGGAUUUAAUGGAAAAAUUGAAAAAUCAAACAUUGUAAUAUUUGAAAAUUCAUAAUAUUUUAGUGAAGUAAAUAGCUAUUCGGAAGAGCGUGAAAGACUUGUGAUAAUAAUCAGAGAGUUGGAAGAUGAAAUUAGAAGACUGGAAGAGUAACUAAAAGAUUAUGAUCCAAAUUGGAGGAAAUCGUAAAGAGAUUUAGAAUUGCAAUUACAAUUAUAAAAUAAACUCUUUGGAGGGAAGGCGCCUGAAGAGAUUUCAAAAGAAUUAGAAGAGCUAAGAAAAAAAGCAAAGAUUUUAGAUGAUUUGCAGAAGAAAAUAGGAGCCAAAGGUCCAGGUAUCUUAAUUGAGUGAGAUUUUAGAUGAAUUAUUAAAAGAAUUAGAAAAUUUGAAAAAGAAAGCAUAACAAUUUGAUGAUAUUAAUAAAAAGUUGAAUGGCAAAAAUUUUUCAGAUUUAGAAAAAGAAUUAGAAAAAUUGAGAUAAAAAGCUGAUAAAUUUGAUGAAAUCAGCAAGUAAUUUUCAAAUCCAUGUAAUAUAAUAUAUACUAUUCAUUAAUAGCUGAUAUUCAAAAAGAACUUGAUUAAUUAAAAAAAAAGGCUGCAGAAUUGGAUAAAAUGAAAGCUCAAUUGAAUAACUAAAAUCCAGAUUAAUUAUUAAAGAGUCUUGAUGAAAAUAAAAAAUAAUUGCAAUCAAAAGAUAGAGAAAUUGGAGAUUUAAAGGUUAAUUUAAUAUAUUAAUUUUUAGAGACUUCUAUCUGAAUUGCAAUAAAAUUAAGGUUCAUAUGAUGAUUAAAUCAGACUUUUGUAACAAAAGAUAGAUGAAUUAGAAGAAAAAGUUGUUGGUUUGGCUCAAGAGUUAUCCAGAUAUAAAAUGCUAUUAAAGGCUAAGGAAGAUGACCUUAAUAAAUUGUAGUUGUUGUUUAGAGAUAGUGAAACAAGACUUGCAUAAAUGAAUAAUGAAUUACAAAGAUCAAAGAAUGAUCUACAAAGAGCAUAAGGAGAUCUUUAGAAGGCAUAAGGAGAUCUUCAGAAAGCAUAAGGAGACUUAAGGAAAGCUUAAACUGAUUUAUCGAGAUCUUAACAAGAGAAUCAAAACUUGAAACAACAAUCAGACGAUCUAAGGAGAUAGAAUCAAGAAUUAGUAUAGGAAAAUAAUAAUUUAUAAUAAGAUUUAGAAAAUUAGACUUAAAAUUUAGGAUAACUUGACGAAAUAAAAGAUUAGCUCAAUGAAUUACAAGAUGAGAAGAAUUAAUUAAAUGACAAGGUCUCAGAUUUGUAAAAUAAUCUAAAGGAAAAAUAGAGGUUAUUCGAUUAAAAGUAAAAGGAAUUAGAUGAUGCAUUAAAAAGAGUGAAAGAUUUGGAGGCUAAAUUGUUGGAGAUGGAUCACUAUAUUGACACAUUGGAAGACGAUUUAUAAAAGUUUGAGAAAGAUAAUCAACAAUUAAAUAGAGAAGCUGGAUAGAAGCAGUUGGCUGAUAGAGAGUUAGAAAGAUUAAGAGGUUUGUUAGAUCAAAUGAAAAACUAGUAUGAUUAGUAACAAAAAGAAUUAGGAAAACUUAAAAACAACCUUGAUCAAAUGAAAGACUUGUAAGAUGAACUUGCAUAAGCCAAAUCAGAAUUAGACAGAGCAAAUUCUGUUAUUGCAUAAUAAUAAGAUGAAUUAGCUUAGAAAGAAAAUGAAAUCUCUUAGUUGGUUAGAGAAGUAUAAAACUUAGAAGAAUCUAAUAAUUAAUUGUAAGAUCAGAAUAAUAGUCUGUAAUAAACAUUGCAAGAGUAAUAAGCAGUAACUAAUGGAAAUCAGGAAGAAUUGACUAAAUUAAGGAGAAUAGCAGAGGAUUAUAAGGAAAAGAUCAGAUAAUUAGAAUUAAAAUUCAAUGAAUAUUCGAAUAUGGAAGAGAGACUUAAGUAAUCGGAUCAUAGAAUCGCAGUGUUAAUGACUGAAAUAGAGAGAUUAAAUUCUUUGGUGAAACAAAUAACUUCUGAAACUGAAGAUUGGAAAUAAAAGCAUUCUAGAAUAGAAUUGGCUCUUUUGGAGUAUAGAUAAAUUGAGAAGACUAAUCGAGAUGCUGUAAAUAAGAAUCAAUAAUUUAUAAAUGAAAUAGAGAGAUUAAAGAAACUAUUGGAAGCAAAACAUAUUGAAUUACUGUAAACUAUUGAAAGGCGCGAUCUGUUAGAGUCUUAAUAAUAGACUUUGAUGAACCAGGUUUAAGAUGCAUUAAAGAAAGCAGAUACGGGAGAUGAGAUUUUGCUCUAAUAUCUAUUGAUUGCAGCCGAAAACGACAGGUUGUCUGGGAUUCUAUAGCCAAUGUAAGAAAAAUUCAAUUAAUUGACCACUCAAGUAAAGGAAAUGACGGUUAAAUAUACUGAAUUAUAAAAUAAAACGUUAGGGAUAGAUUUGGAUGAGUAUGAAAGAUUGAAGAAAUUGAUCAUUGAAUAUGAAAAUAGGAUAGCAAUGCUUUCACUUGAAAUUUAGAGAUUGAAGGCGAAAACAAAUAUUCUUGAUAAAAAUGGGCAAUCAGGUAAUUUUGGUAGUAAUAAUAAUAUUAACAUUUAAUACAAUAGUUCGAUGUUCCAAUCAAAUGAGGACUUGUCUAACAAAAUUACUGAUUUAUUGUGUUUGGUUGCAAUGAUGUCAGCAGAAUUGGAUGUCUUGAGAAGUAACAACGAAAGGCAAGUUCAACAAUAGUUAGUAAAUUAGUAUAGAUAAAAUACUGAAGUUACAAACGUUUAGACAGUUCAAUCAGUUGAAACUACGUCAGGAUUCUCUUACUAGAGGAUUUCUUAAAAUAGAAAGUAUUGA